AUGGCUUGUCUCCAUCAUUCAUUGUUUUCUCCUAGAUCAACCAAUCUUGUAUACAAAACAUAAAUUGAUGAUUAUUUUCAAUUGUCUCCCACAGACAAUAAACACAUCAACACAAACAAAAUGGUUACAAGUCCAAGAACUAAAACCAGCAACAUUCUACUACCACUACUAGCUUUCUGUUUCAAUGUUUUUGUCAUCUUAUCCCAAACUGUUGCAGAUUCACCAUCAAAAGAAACACAAGUUGGUUAUGGCUACACAAUCAUAAGUGUAAAAAGUGAUCCAACAGGAAAAUCUUUGUCUGCUAACCUUAAACUCAUCAAAUCCUCCUCGGUUUUCGGACCCGACAUUCCACUUCUCAACCUCAGUGCCAGUUUUGAGGCCAAGGAUAAAUUAAGAGUAAGAAUCACUGAUUCAAAUAAUCAAAGAUGGGAAGUUCCAGAAGAAUUGAUUCCAAGAGACUCAUCAUCUUCAUCUCUAUCUCAUCAUUUUCGUCAACAAAAUUCGCAAAACUCAAAAUACAUAAUUACACAUCCAAACUCAGAUCUUAUCUUCACACUCCACAACACAACUCCAUUUGGUUUCACUAUCACGCGUAAAUCCAACAAAGAUAUACUCUUUAACACUUUACCAGAAGACCCUUUAAACCCUGAAACAUUUCUAGUCUUCAAAGAACAGUACUUGCAGAUUUCUACCUCUCUGCCUUCAAAAAGAGCUUCUCUGUAUGGUUUUGGAGAGCAUACAAAGAGUUCUUUCAAGUUGAAACCAAACCAAACUUUCACUCUUUGGAAUGAAGAUAUUGGUAGUUCUAAUGUUGAUGUGAAUCUUUAUGGCUCUCAUCCAUUUUAUUUGGAUGUGAGAAAGGGUUCAUCUGAUGGAAGAGUGAAAAGUGGGACUACACAUGGUGUUUUACUUCUUAAUAGUAAUGGAAUGGAUGUUGUUUAUAGCGGUGAUCGUCUUACUUAUAAGGUGAUUGGUGGUGUUUUUGAUUUGUAUUUUUUUUCUGGUUCAUCUCCUGAAUUGGUUUUGGAUCAGUAUACUCAGUUCAUUGGUAGGCCUGCUCCUAUGCCUUAUUGGUCUUUUGGUUUUCAUCAAUGUCGAUAUGGCUACAAGAAUGUAAGUGAUGUCGAAGGUGUGGUAACCAACUAUGCAAAAGCUGGCAUACCCCUUGAAGUUAUGUGGACAGAUAUUGAUUACAUGGAUGCAUAUAAAGAUUUCACACUAGAUCCUGUUAAUUUUCCGCAAGACAAGAUGAUAAAUUUUGUUGAUACCCUUCACAAAAAUGGUCAGAAGUAUGUGCUUAUCUUGGAUCCAGGUAUCAGUAUAAAUACUACAUAUGCAACCUAUGUUAGAGGUUUGCAAGCUGAUGUAUAUAUAAAGAGAAAUGGAGUCAACUAUCAAGGUGAAGUUUGGCCUGGACAAGUUUACUAUCCUGAUUUUCUUAACCCUCAUAGUCAACAAUUUUGGGCUGAAGAAAUCAAAUUAUUUAAGGACGUUCUCGCUUUUGAUGGUCUUUGGCUUGACAUGAAUGAGUUAUCUAAUUUCAUAACUUCACCGAACACACCACAUUCUAAUCUUGACAACCCUCCUUACAAAAUUAACAGUUCUGGCGUUCAACGACCAAUUAACGAGAAAACUGUUCCGGCAACAUCUUUACAUUAUGGUAAUAUCACCGAGUAUGAUUCUCACAAUUUGUAUGGACUCUUAGAAUCCAAAGCAACUAAUAAGGCUUUGGUAGAUAUAACCGGUAAAAGGCCAUUCAUUUUGAGUAGAUCAACUUUUGUUAGCUCUGGCAAGUAUACUGCUCAUUGGACAGGAGAUAAUGCUGCUACAUGGAAUGAUUUAGCAUACUCAAUCCCAUCAAUAUUGAACUUUGGAAUCUUUGGAGUUCCUAUGGUUGGAGCGGAUAUAUGCGGCUUCUCAGCAGACACUACUGAAGAACUUUGCCGGCGCUGGAUUCAGUUAGGGGCCUUUUACCCCUUUGCAAGAGAUCAUUCAGAUAAAAAUUCCAUCAGGCAAGAGCUUUACCUUUGGGAUUCAGUUGCAGCAUCAGCUCGAAAAGUGCUUGGCCUUCGUUACCGUCUUCUUCCAUAUUUCUACACACUAAUGUACGAAUCAAACACAAAAGGGACACCAAUUGCGCGGCCACUUUUCUUUUCAUUCCCCGAGGAUAUCACAACAUACGAAAUAAACUCACAGUUUCUAUUAGGCAAAGGUGUUCUAGUCUCACCUGUGCUACAAUCCGGUGCAGUAACCGUUGAUGCAUACUUUCCUAGAGGAAAUUGGUUUGAUCUCUUUAAUCCUUCAAAUUCAGUGAAUGCAAAGUCAGGAAAAUAUGUCACACUUGAUGCACCAUCUGAUCACAUAAAUGUGCAUGUUGGUGAAGGUAACAUUUUGGCCUUACAAGGUGAAGCAAUGACAACGAAAGCAGCUCGGAACACCACAUUCGAACUAUUGGUUGUUUUUAGUGGAAAUGGAAAUAGUUAUGGACAAGUUUAUUUGGAUGAUGGUGAGGCUCUUGAUAUAGAAGGAGAGAAAGAUCAAUGGACACUUGUGAGAUUUUAUGGUGCACUGUAUAAUGAUAGUGUUUCUGUUACUUCUAAUGUUACUAAUGGAAAAUUUUCUUUGGACCAAAAAUGGAUCAUAGAAAAGGUUACAUUCUUGGGGAUACCUAAUUAUGGUAGGUUAAAUGGAAAUGAUUUGGCUGAGAGUGAGUUAAAUGUUGUGAGUGUUAAGAAUUCAAUGAGGAAAAGAGUUUUGAUCACAAAAUUUGAUAGGUCUUCUAAGUUUGUUACUGUGGAAGUUUCAAAUUUGAAACAGCUUAUUGGAGAGCAGUUUGAACUGAAGACUAAAAUAAGGUAGAAGGGAAUUUUGAGAAUGCAAUUUCCACAAAUAAUAUGUGCUUUCUUAGUAGUUUUACUUCUUUGAAGAGUCCCUUGUUUCACCUUAGUUAAGGUUACAACAAGGGAUCAGAAAUAAAUAUUAUCUAGUAUAGUGUCAAAAGGGCUAUGAAGCUCAAGUAUAGUUAUAUUUGUCUAUCAAAUUUAUAUUAUCUCAAGUGCUUCUUUCAGAUCAAGUACAAAUAAUGGGACAAUUCAACCAGAUGUUGAUGAA